UUUACUUUGCAUUCUGGGAGACAAACAGUGGUCGGUAUGAAUAGCAGUAACAUCAGCGUCCACCGCGCAGAGACAGAGACAGGACAAACAAUCGGCUCACCAGCAAGCAGCAGACGGGACAAACAGUUUUUAUGUCUGUUGAACAAGUCUCGUUACUUCGAUAAGGGCGAGGAACCUGUGGUCUAAUCUCUACACCACAACCGCUGGACUUUAUCCACUAACCGAUGCGGUUAGCUAACGGAGACAGUGAAAUAGCUCCGCAGUGAUUUUCGCCUCUCUUUUGGCUGGAUGGUAAAGAUGGUGAAGUAUUAAAAGUUCCUCCCGCUUUGUUUAUUCUUCAACUUUACCCAGCGCUGAGUUAUCCCAGCUGCCAACAUGGCGAAUGUCAAACAAAGACGCAGCAAAACUUGCUUGUUAAAGUCGCUUGAAUGGCAUAUCACCCAGCUAGUUUACCCAAGAUAAACAUUGUUGGACUGGACGGUUCUUGUGAUGGCAGUUGUUGUGAGAGCAGCCCAGCUGUUGGGAACUACUGCUGGAAUCCUUAUCAGAGGAGCUUUUUAGGGCUGGAUUUUAUAACCACUCGCAGCUUCCUCCGGGUUAUUUAAAUCCAACUGCUGCUGGUCCCCCUGCGGUGAUUAUUAAGAGGGGACCCCAACAUGUCAGGGGCCACUACGGUGCAGCUCUUCACCAAGCUUGUGAAGCACUCGUUGGGCAAGACCCAGAUCCAGCUGAACCGCUGGCUGCAGAGGACUGCCGUGGAGGAGUGUGAUAAAAUAGACAUCCUGAUCUGCGGCGCAUUUGAUGAGAGGCCGACCGGGAAGUCAGAUGGAGACCCCGAUAUUGUCACCGACACGGCGGGGACAUCCUUCAGCGGGGAGUUCAGACACCCAUGCUGCAUCACAACCUUCUGCUUCAAAAGCGCCCUGCUGCUCUGCAUUCUGACCGCUGUCUGCUUCUCCUCAGUGGCACUUGUGCGUCAGUAUCUCAAGGACCUCCUGCUGUGGGUGGAGAGCCUGGACAGCUUUGUUGGAGCCUUGCUCUUCAUAGUUGGUUUAAUCGUGGUUUCCUUUCCUUGUGGAUGGGGAUACAUUGUCCUAAAUGUGGCAGCGGGCUACCUUUAUGGCUUCAUCCUGGGCAUGGGACUGGUUAUGGUGGGGGUUUUAAUAGGGACCUUUGUGGCACACCUGGUGUGUAAGCGGUUAUUGUCAGACUGGGUACUGAACAAAGUUGGGAACAAUGAGCAGCUCAGUGCUGUUAUACGAGUAGUGGAAGGAGGAAGCGGACUCAAAAUUGUGGCCUUAGCAAGACUCACCCCCAUACCAUUUGGACUCCAAAAUGCAGUUUUUUCGAUCACAGAUGUGUCCUUGCCAAACUACCUGGUGGCCUCCUCCGUUGGUCUGUUGCCCACUCAGCUCCUCAACUCCUACCUGGGCACCACCCUGCGCACCAUGGAGGACGUCAUUGCUGAGCAGAGCAUCAGCGGCUACUUCGUCUUCAGCCUGCAGAUCAUCAUCAGUAUUGGCCUGAUGUUCUAUGUGGUUCACAGAGCUCAGGUCGAGCUGAACGCCGCCAUUGCUGCCUGCCAGAUGGAGCUCAAGUCUACGCACAUGAACGGCUCUUCCACCAAUCACAGCGGCUUCUCAUACUGCAGCAAGAGGGCGACAUUUGGCAGCGGAAACUGCAUCAAUGUGGUGUGACGUCAAGUGGCUACGCAGUAGGACCAUAAGGCUCAACUUUUAAGACUAGAGAUUAAAAAGGAACCUACAGAGUUCUGGAGUCCUGAGCAUACUGGUGGCGACAUUUACCAUUUGUUAAUCAUAUUACAGCCGGAAUAAAACCCUGAAAAGGGCUUCGUUCCCUAGAUCCUUUUUGUCGACACAUUUGGACCAUGAUGGGACCACGCGCCUUUUUAAAAAAACAUGGUGCAGUGAAAAUUCUCUUUUGGUUCGUCAUCCUAAGACCUUUUAUUUGUUGAAUUUGUGAAGGUACCUCUUAUCUGCUGUUACAGGAGAUGUCAACUAAAAUUUCAUAAAUGUUAGGGGUGGCAUGAAACAAAACUAGGCAACAACCACCGAAUGGUGUUUUUAUGAAUGUGCAAUCUGGAGCUUUCUAGAGAACCAAGGAAUCAGUUUUCUGUUGCCAACCUAUGCACCUUUUACUUCAUACGGUACUGUUUUCGUUUAAUUUCAAGUGACUUCGUUUUCACCCAGUGCUUAUUUACAGGAAAAUAUUAAGGGGAUUAUUUGUACUUAGAAUAACUUUUGCUUUUGUUGUUAAUGGGUUUUUAGUC